GUAAAAGAGCUUCUCGAUCAAAUGGGCGGAAUCAAAGAAGAACUGGAUAAAAGAAACGUUGAGCUACAGCAAAUUGGAGACCGUUCCGAAGUGAAAUUAGAAAGCUCCACUGCAGAGGCUGAGGAGAAGAUAAAACAUAUGACCAAAGAGCACGAGAAGAUUGUCAACCAGAUGAAGCAGCGAGAACAAGAGAUGGCGCAACAAAUGCAACAACUACAGGAGGAAGUCUUGAAUAAUCAGAGAUCAGUGAAGGAAUCAAACAAUCUUGUUGGGAAAAUGAGAGAGGAAGUACAAAGAAAAGAUGAAACUUUGAAUUCAAUGGAAGUUGAAAUCAAUGAGAAGAAAGCCCUGCUCAUGACUAGAGAACAACAACUCGAAGAACAGCAGGCACUGAUCAAUUCACUAGAAGAGAAGUUAAAGGCUAGCAUAAGCCAGCAAGAUAUCCAGAUGCAAAAGCUGCAGGAGGAGAUGACCACGCUCGUUGCUAGAACGGAAGAAGAGGAGGAAGAGGAAGAGGAAGAGGAGGAGGAUGAGGACGACGAGAAAACAGAAACAUCUUGCAUGGAAAUACAAACCGAUCCUGUUAAAUCUCCGUCUCCUGUACCGAUCGUAGACUUAGCUAGGGAAAAGGAGCUGAAAACAAGGAUCGCUGAGUUAGAACACGCUUUAGAGAUGAAAAACGAUCUCAUAGAAAAGUUGCAUGAACAAAUACCGGACAAAUCCGGAGAAGACAUAUCGAUUAAGAAGAAGGAUAGAUCCCAAAGCAUUACGGGUGGUGGCGUGUUUCAAAAUUUCGUUAGCCAAAUGAAAGACAAACGUGAUGAAGCAAACGAAAGAAGUAAGAAAAAAGAAGCGGAAAGGAAAGCAGAAAAAGCUGCUAAGGAAGCUGCUCGAGAACUCAUCAAAGAGCGAUCCCCUAUGCGCUCAAAAUCGCCAUCACUACUAGCACGUCUCCGCGAUCGAAGUCCAGUAAAGACGCGAUCACUUGUUGAUAACCUGGAAACAACUCCAUCGUCGUCAAGCAGGAAUCUUCUCGCACCCGGCGAUUCGGAACGACUUGAACGUCGAGGUUCACCAUCUCGCCCAUUGUUUAGCCGGUAUCGUAAGGAACCAGCCGAAAAACGACCGGCAUGGAAAUUCUAA